CCUGCGGUACUUCUGCCAUUCCUGCUAGGACUCUUGGGGCCAGGAAGCUACUUGUUCCUUUCAGGGGAUUGUCAGGAGGUGGCCACUCUCAUGGUGAAAUUCCAAGUGACAGAGGAAGUGCCAUCCGGCACAGUGAUAGGGAAACUGUCCCAAGAACAGGGAGUGGAGGAGAGGCGUGGGAAGGCAGGAGAUGCCUUCCAGAUCCUGCAGCUGCCUCAGGCACUCCCUAUUCAGAUGAACUCUGAGGAUGGCCUGCUCCGCACUUCCAGCCGGCUGGAUCGGGAGCAGCUAUGCCGGCAGCAAGAUCCCUGCUUGGUGUCCUUUGAUGUGCUUGCCACAGGGGCUUCGGCUCUGAUUCAUGUGGAGAUUCAGGUACUGGACAUCAAUGACCACCAGCCUCAGUUUCCCAAGGGUGAGCAGGAGCUGGAAAUCUCUGAGAGUGCCUCUCUGUACACACGAAUCCCCUUGGACAGAGCUCUUGACCAAGACACUGGUCCUAACAGCUUGUAUUCCUACUCCCUGUCUCCCAGUGAACACUUUGCCCUGGAUGUUAUUGAGGGGCCUGAUGAGACCAAACAUGCAGAACUUGUGGUAGUGAAGGAGUUGGACAGGGAAGUCCACUCGCUUUUUGAUCUGGUGCUGACUGCCUAUGACAAUGGGAAUCCCCCUAAGUCAGGCACUAGUGUGGUCAAGGUCAAUGUCCUGGAUUCCAAUGAUAAUAGUCCAGUGUUUGCUGAGAGUUCCCUAGCACUAGAAAUCCCAGAAGACACUGCCCCUGGCACUCUUCUCAUAAACCUAACUGCUACAGACCCAGACCAAGGACCCAAUGGGGAGGUAGAGUUCUUCUUUGGUAAGCAUGUGUCUCCAGAGGUGAUGAACACCUUUGGUGUAGAUGCCAAGACAGGCCAGAUCAUUCUGCGCCAAACCCUAGACUAUGAAAAGAAUCCUGCCUAUGAGGUGGAUGUCCAGGCAAGGGAUCUGGGUCCCAAUUCUAUCCCAGGCCAUUGCAAAGUUCUCAUUAAAGUUCUAGAUGUCCAUGACAAUGCCCCAAGCAUCCACGUGACAUGGGCCUCCCAGACGUCACUGGUGUCAGAAGAUCUUCCCAGGGACAGUUUCAUUGCUCUAGUCAGUGCAAAUGACUUGGACUCAGGAAACAAUGGUCUGGUCCACUGUUGGCUGAACCAAGAGCUGGGCCACUUCAGGCUAAAAAGGACUAAUGGCAACACAUAUAUGCUGCUCACCAAUGCUACACUGGACAGAGAGCAGUGGUCCGUAUACACUCUCACUGUGUUCGCCCAAGACCAAGGACCCCAGCCCUUAUCAGCAGAGAAGGAGCUACGAAUUCAGGUUGGUGAUGUCAAUGAUAAUGCCCCUGUGUUUGAGAAGAGCCGGUAUGAGGUCUCCACUUGGGAAAACAACCCACCCUCUCUUCAUCUUAUCACUAUCAAAGCUCAUGAUGCUGACUUGGGCAUUAAUGGAAAAGUGUCAUACCAUAUCAAGGACUCUGCUGUUUCUCACCUAGUAGCUAUUGAUUCUGAAACGGGAGAAGUCACAGCUCAGAAGUCACUGGACUAUGAACAGAUGUCAGGCUUUGAGUUCCAGGUGAUAGCAGAGGACAGAGGGCAACCCCAGCUUACAUCCAGCAUGUCUGUGUGGGUUAGCCUCUUGGAUGCCAAUGAUAAUGCCCCAGAAGUGAUCCAGCCUGUGCUUAGUGAAGGCAAAGCCACCCUUUCAGUGCUUGUAAAUGCCUCCACAGGCCACCUUCUGUUGCCCAUCGAGAAUCCCAGUGGCUUGCAUCCAGCAGUUACUGGUACAACACCAAUGGCUAUCCACAGCCCCUGGUCUUUCCUUUUGGUGACAAUUGUGGCCAGAGAUGCAGACUCAGGGGCCAAUGGGGAGCUCCUCUACAGCAUUCAAAGUGGGAAUGAUGCUCAUCUCUUUGUCCUCAGCCCCUCACUGGGGCAGCUAUUUAUUAAUGUCACCAAUGCCAGCAGCCUCAUUGGGAGUCAGUGGGACCUGGGGAUAGUAGUAGGAGAUCAGGGCAGCCCCUCCUUGCAGACUCAAGUUCUGUUGAGGGUCGUGUUUGUCACCAGUGUGGACCACCUAAGGGACUCUGCUCGUGAGCCUGGGGUCCUGAGCACACCAGUGCUGGCAAUGAUCUGCCUGGCUGUACUGCUGGCCAUCUUUGGAUUGAUCUUGGCUCUGUUUGUGUCCAUCUGCCGCACCGAGAAAAAGGAUAACAGGAACUACAACUGUCGCGAAGCUGAGUCCACAUACCGCCACCAGCCCAAGAGGCCCCAGAAACACAUUCAGAAGGCAGAUAUACACCUGCUGCCUAUGCUCAGAGCCCAGGAGGGCGAGGCUGAUGAAGUUAGGUCGUCCCACAAGGAUACCAGCAAGGAGGCAUUGAUGGAGGCAGGCUGGGACUCCUGCCUGCAGGCCCCCUUCCACCUCACACCAACCCUAUACAGGACCCUGCGUAACCAAGGCAACCAGGGAGCACUGGCAGAGAGCCAGGAGGUACUGCAGGGCACCUUCAACUUUCUUUUCAAUCAUCCCAGGCAGAGAAAUGCCUCCCGAGAGAACCUAAGCCUUCCUGAGUCCCCUCCUGCCCUAGGCCAGCCACAUUUAAGGCCUCUGAAGGUGCCUGGCAGCCCCAUAGCAAGGCUGGCUGGAGACCAGGGCAGUGAGGCAUCCUCACAGAGCCCACCAACCUCCUCUGCAACCCUGAGACGGCAGCGCAAUCUCAAUGGCAAAGUGUCUCCUAAGGGAGAGUCCGGUCCUCACCAGAUUCUGAGGAGCCUGGUCCGGCUAUCUGUGGCUGCUUUUGCGGAACGGAACCCCGUGGAGGGGCUUGCUGGAGAUUCUCCUCCUGUCCAGCAAAUCUCCCAGCUGCUGUCCUUGCUGCAUCAGGGCCAAUUCCAGCCCAAACCAAACCACCGAGGAAAUAAAUACUUGGCCAAGCCCGGCGGCAGCAGGGCUACCAGCCCAGACGCAGAUGGCCCAGAUAUGAGGCUCGGUGGCCAAACAGAACCUGACCUGGAAGAAGGUCCCUUAGGCCCUGAGGAGGACCUUUCUGUGAAGCGACUUCUAGAAGAAGAGCUAUCCAGCCUGCUGGACCCUCAUACAGGUCUGGCCCUGGACAAGCUGAGUCCCCCUGAUCCAGCCUGGAUGGCGAGACUGUCAUUGCCCCUCACCUCAAAUUACCGAGACAACUUGUCUUCCCCUGACGCUGCAGCUUCAGAGGAACCGAGAACCUUCCAGACAUUCGGCAAAACAGCCGGACCAGGACCGGAGCUAAGCCCAACAGGCACGCGCCUGGCCAGCACGUUCGUCUCAGAGAUGAGCUCGCUGCUGGAGAUGCUGUUGGAGCAGCACACGGUGCCAGUGGAGGCUGCAUCCGCGGCUUUGCGGCGGCUCUCAGUGUGCGGCAGGACCCUCAGUCUAGACCUGGCCACCAGUGGGGCCUCCAGCUCGGAAGCACAGCUGGGUAGAAAGAAGGCGGAAGAGGGCCGACUUGGCCAUGGCAGGAAUCUAUGAACAUGGUUGGUUCCGAUGCCUUGGAUCCAAUGUCCCCUGGAUGUUAGAGUAACUCAGGCCUUGAGGAUCUCAGAGAGCGAGCUGGUUUCUAAAAUUGUGGAAUUCACUGGCUAGAGUGAAUUCCUCUAACUUUAGGGUGACUGAUGCUCUAUCCCACAGAGGAGAACUAACAGGCAAUUGGCUAGAGCAGACCUUGUAACAGAUCCUGUGGCUGAGCUUUAUGGAGGACAGGGACAGCUUGUUUCUCACCAAGGAGUUUGUGGUAAAACACAGAGUGUAAAGAGUUGGCCUCAGGAGGAGCAGAUGCCACAGUGUAGGAUCAUAAGCAAGGGGUGCUCACUGGAGACUGGAGGUAGAGCAGCCAGGCAAUGCUCUCUGACCUACUAAUAAAGAAAAAAACUACAGCUCGUUCUCCUGUUUGCCAGAGAACCAGAGUGAGGUCUAUUGGUCAUCUAAUUCCUGGCAUGAAACCACUGUUGGGUCAUGGCAGGGGGGGGUCCAACGGUUCACGGUGACAAGCACACAGAUGAUGGACAUGUGUGUCCUUGACCCCACUCCACUAUGUGAUCCAACAAUAUGCUUCUCAGCUGGAAAAUCAGGACCAAGUAAAGCAAGACUGUAAAUAGAGUAUUUAUAUGAGCCAGGCACUAGGCUUUCAUUUGAUUUUUCCCACAGUGCUAGGCUGGUGGUAUUAUUAUACCCAUUUCACAGAUAUGAAGCUUGGAAAAGGCGUCCUUCCCAGGAGUGAGCAGGGAAUAGAGGCAGAGCCAGGAUUUGUGCUCAGGUUGGCCAAACACCAAAGCCCAUGCCAUCAACCAUGGCACUAGAUUGCCAACUAAGGAAUAGAAAAGGUAAAGUCCCUGAGAUGAAGACUUGCAGAUAGAAAGUAUUCAGGCCCAUAUGUCUGCCUGCUUACAAGCAUGGGUUAAAAGGAGCUUGCAUCUGCCCAAUGCCAGUCCCCUUUUCCUUUUGAGGCCCUUCAGAUGCAGAAGUCAUCUUAUGUGGCACCCCAGUGGGGGAAGUCUUUCUCUAUUAGCAGGUUUGGGUCUGGGAAUUGAGGCUCCAGAGGAUGGUAUGUGAACUGGGACUAUGAAAUCCCUACUGACAGCAGCCAAUCUACCAGGGGUGGGAAGAGUGAAGAAAUAGCUAAUAUGUUCCCAAGGCUUUUUGUUCCUGGAAAUUUCCAAGCAGCCACAGCUAGUUUAGGAUAGCAUGAGGUGCUCUCCUGGACAGUGAAGGCAGAAGAUAGUGUCUGCCUCACUUGUCCUCUUCAGGGCCAGCUGUGUUCCCACUGAGGGCUGGUGACAGUUGCACACACUUGGAAUGCAGUGUUAGUCCAUCUUACAGAUAAGCAGCAUGAGACCAGAAGAGUUAAGCAUUUCAAAGGUGAGGUCUGGGUCUCUUGUUGCCUUACACCAGAUCAGUGUGAUCAUAGGAGACCUGGAAUUUCCCAGCUGGUUCACAGAGUUUCUGGGUUCCAGGUCACUGAGAGAGGCUAUGAAAACCAAGCAGACAGGAGCUCCAGCUUGUCCAGCCAGAUGACUGGCACAGAUGACACUAGAGAUACUUGUUGAGUGGAUAAAUGACUGAAUAAAU